GUUGGCCGUAUAGAGGCUGGGGGUGGGGGGGAGGUCAAGCGUAGCCGCUUCUCCUUUACCAAGAUGGCGGGUCUUCUCUGUUUCGCCACAGUUCCUACCUUGUGAGCUUGAUUUCCUUACGCUACUAAGAGUGGAACAGCAAAAGCUGGCAAGCUGACAGGCGGCCUCGGGACGGACUUCCUGGCUACUGACCAUUUAGCUGUGCUCACCUGGAUUGUGUGUGGGUGUGAGAUCAAUCAUGAGCUCCGUUGCAGUUUUGACCCAAGAGAGUUUUGCUGAACACCGAAGUGGACUGGUUCCGCAACAAAUCAAAGUUGCCACUUUAAAUUCAGAAGAGGAAAGUGACCCACCAACCUACAAGGAUGCCUUCCCUCCACUUCCUGAGAAAGCAGCGUGCUUGGAAAGUGCCCAGGAACCUGCCGGAGCCUGGAGUAACAAGAUCCGGCCCAUCAAGGCUUCCGUCAUCACUCAGGUGUUCCAUGUACCUCUGGAAGAGAGGAAAUAUAAGGACAUGAACCAAUUUGGAGAAGGUGAACAGGCAAAAAUCUGCCUUGAGAUCAUGCAGAGGACCGGUGCUCACCUGGAGCUGUCUUUGGCCAAAGACCAAGGCCUGUCCAUCAUGGUCUCUGGGAAGCUGGAUGCUGUCAUGAAAGCCCGGAAGGACAUAGUUGCUAGACUGCAGACUCAGGCCUCAGCAACUGUUCCCAUUCCCAAAGAACACCAUCGCUUUGUCAUUGGCAAAAAUGGGGAGAAAUUGCAAGACUUGGAGCUAAAAACUGCAACCAAAAUCCAGAUCCCACGCCCAGAUGACCCGAGCAAUCAGAUCAAGAUCACUGGCACCAAAGAGGGCAUCGAAAAAGCUCGCCAUGAAGUCUUACUCAUCUCUGCUGAGCAGGACAAACGUGCUGUGGAGAGGCUAGAAGUGGAGAAGGCCUUCCACCCCUUCAUCGCUGGGCCAUAUAAUAGACUCGUCGGCGAGAUCAUGCAGGAGACAGGGACGCGCAUCAACAUCCCCCCACCCAGCGUCAACCGGACAGAAAUUGUCUUCACUGGAGAGAAGGAGCAGUUGGCUCAGGCUGUGGCUCGCAUCAGGAAGAUUUAUGAGGAAAAGAAAAAGAAGACCACAACCAUUGCAGUGGAGGUGAAGAAAUCCCAGCACAAGUAUGUCAUUGGGCCCAAGGGCAAUUCAUUGCAGGAGAUCCUGGAAAGAACUGGAGUUUCUGUUGAGAUCCCACCCUCAGACAGCAUUUCGGAGACUGUGAUUCUUCGAGGCGAGCCUGAAAAGUUAGGGCAGGCGUUGACUGAAGUCUAUGCCAAGGCAAAUAGUUUUACGGUCUCCUCUGUCUCUGCCCCUUCGUGGCUUCACCGUUUCAUCAUUGGCAAAAAAGGGCAGAACCUGGCCAAAAUCACUCAGCAGAUGCCAAAGGUUCAUAUCGAGUUCACGGAAGGCGAGGACAAGAUCACCCUGGAAGGCCCCACGGAGGAUGUAAAUGUGGCCCAGGAACAGAUCGAAGGCAUGGUCAAAGAUUUGAUUAAUCGGAUGGACUAUGUGGAGAUCAACAUUGACCACAAGUUCCACAGACACCUCAUCGGGAAGAGCGGAGCCAACAUAAACAGAAUUAAAGACCAGUACAAGGUGUCCGUGCGCAUCCCUCCUGACAGUGAGAAGAGCAACCUGAUCCGCAUCGAGGGAGACCCACAGGGCGUGCAGCAGGCCAAGCGGGAGCUGCUGGAGCUCGCCUCUCGCAUGGAAAAUGAACGUACCAAGGAUCUAAUCAUUGAGCAAAAAUUUCAUCGCACAAUCAUUGGGCAGAAAGGUGAACGGAUCCGUGAAAUUCGUGACAAAUUCCCAGAGGUUAUCAUCAACUUUCCAGACCCAGCACAAAAAAGUGAUAUUGUCCAACUCAGAGGACCUAAGAAUGAGGUGGAAAAAUGCACAAAAUACAUGCAGAAGAUGGUGGCAGAUCUGGUGGAAAAUAGCUAUUCAAUUUCUGUUCCGAUCUUCAAACAGUUUCACAAGAACAUCAUUGGGAAAGGCGGUGCAAACAUUAAAAAGAUUCGUGAAGAAAGCAACACCAAGAUUGACCUUCCAGCAGAGAACAGCAAUUCAGAGACCAUUGUCAUCACAGGCAAGCGAGCCAACUGUGAAGUGGCCCGGAGCCGGAUUCUGUCCAUUCAGAAGGACCUGGCCAACAUAGCCGAGGUGGAGGUCUCCAUCCCCGCCAAGCUGCACAACUCCCUCAUCGGCACCAAGGGCCGUCUGAUCCGCUCCAUCAUGGAGGAGUGUGGUGGGGUCCAUAUUCACUUCCCCGUGGAAGGUUCAGGAAGCGAUACUGUUGUCAUCAGGGGCCCUUCCUCGGAUGUGGAGAAGGCCAAGAAGCAGCUGCUGCACCUGGCGGAGGAGAAGCAAACCAAGAGCUUCACUGUUGACAUCCGCGCCAAGCCGGAAUAUCACAAAUUCCUCAUUGGCAAAGGCGGUGGCAAAAUCCGCAAGGUGCGUGACAACACUGGAGCCCGCAUCAUAUUCCCAGCAGCCGAGGACAAGGACCAGGACCUGAUCACAAUCAUAGGAAAGGAGGAUGCUGUCCGCGAGGCACAGAAGGAGCUGGAGGCAUUGAUCCAGAACUUGGAUAAUGUGGUUGAAGACUAUAUGCUGGUGGACCCCAAGCACCACCGCCAUUUUGUCAUCAGAAGAGGCCAGGUCUUGCGGGAGAUUGCUGAAGAGUAUGGUGGGGUGAUGGUCAGCUUCCCACGCUCUGGCACACAGAGCGACAGAGUCACCCUCAAGGGCGCCAAGGAUUGCGUGGAGGCAGCCAAGAAACGCAUUCAGGAGAUCAUCGAAGACUUGGAAGCUCAGGUGACAUUAGAAUGUGCUAUACCCCAGAAAUUCCAUCGAUCUGUCAUGGGCCCCAAAGGUUCCAGAAUCCAGCAAAUUACUCGGGAUUACAAUGUUCAGAUUAAAUUCCCAGACAGAGAGGAAAACCCAGUUCAUAGUGUAGAGCCAGCAAUCCAGGAGAAUGGAGACGAAGCCGGGGAGGGGCGAGAUGCCAGAGAUGCCGACCCCGGCUCUCCCAGGAGGUGCGACAUCAUCAUCAUCUCCGGCCGGAAAGAAAAGUGCGAGGCAGCCAAGGAAGCUCUGGAGGCAUUGGUUCCUGUGACCAUCGAAGUGGAGGUGCCCUUUGACCUUCACCGUUACAUCAUUGGGCAGAAAGGAAGUGGGAUCCGCAAGAUGAUGGACGAGUUUGAGGUGAACAUACAUGUCCCAGCACCUGAGCUGCAGUCCGACACCAUUGCCAUCACGGGCCUUGCUGCAAAUUUGGACCGGGCCAAGGCUGGGCUACUGGAGCGUGUGAAGGAGCUGCAGGCUGAGCAGGAGGACCGGGCUCUGAGGAGUUUUAAGCUGAGUGUCACUGUAGACCCCAAAUACCAUCCCAAAAUUAUUGGAAGAAAAGGGACAGUGAUUACCCAGAUCCGCUUGGAGCAUGAUGUGAACAUUCAGUUUCCUGAUAAGGAUGAUGGGAACCAGCCCCAGGACCAAAUUACCAUCAUGGGGUACGAAAAGAACUCAGAGGCUGCCCGGGACGCUAUAUUGAAAAUUGUGGGUGAACUUGAGCAGAUGGUUUCUGAGGAUGUCCCACUAGACCACCGUGUUCACGCCCGCAUCAUUGGUGCCCGUGGCAAGGCGAUCCGCAAAAUCAUGGAUGAAUUCAAGGUGGACAUUCGCUUCCCACAGAGCGGAGCCCCAGACCCCAACUGCGUCACUGUGACAGGGCUCCCAGAGAAUGUGGAGGAAGCCAUCGACCACAUCCUCAACCUGGAGGAGGAAUAUCUGGCCGAUGUGGUGGACAGUGAGGCACUGCAGGUUUACAUGAAGCCCCCAGCUCACGAGGAGUCCAAGGCACCAUCCAGAGGCUUUGUGGUGCGGGAUGCUCCCUGGACUGCCAACAGCAGCGAGAAGGCUCCUGAUAUGAGCAGUUCGGAGGAAUUUCCCAGUUUUGGGGCUCAGGUGGCCCCCAAGACCCUCCCUUGGGGCCCCAAACGAUAAUGAUCAAAAAGCAGAAACCUCUCCAGCCUGCUGACCUGAUCCUGACCACACAGUGGUUUGUCUCAAUCUGACCCAGUGGCUGGACCUUCGUAAAUUGUUGAUGCUCUAUCCCAUCCCGAGGUCUCGCAGUGAAGCCUGGCGCGGCCGGCUACGGGUGUGGCUGCUGCUUUGGGCCUGGUCGGCACCCAGCCCCUGCUCAGGAUCUGCUCCCUGACUUGCUCUGGGACAGGCCUUCCACUGUUUUAAACACUAAACAAAGGUAAUUGAGCAUAUCGUGACAAGAUAACACAGACUCCAGCUUCCUGGUCCACCCAGCAUGUCAGCACUCUGACCUUCAUUACGGGAGCUCCGGAGCUCCGCAGCUGUGGCUAGGAGUCGACUUCCUGUGUCAUGACCUCAGGAAAUAAAUUUCCUUGACUUUAUAAAAGCCAAAAUGUUUGCCCUCUUCCUUUCCCACCUCCCUCCUGCCCAUUGCCUGUUGUCCAGACCUUCCUUUUUGUAGCGUGCAAUCAGCCUCCUCCAGAUGCCAAAAAAUCUGCUUAGCACAGAUUACAGGGUCAGGGGAAGGCCUAGCCUCAGUCAGGUGUCCUGGAGCCAGAAGGGACUAGAGGGGUAGAGGAUCACUUGGUUUUACCUGCUUUGGGGUCUGAAAGCACCAAGGGUCUCCGCCCCUACCCCUCGCUGCUGCACCCUCAGCCCUGAGGUCUGGUGAGUGGAGCCUGUGGGCAAGGCUGCAGGUGCAUGUGUCAUCUCGGUCCCCAUGGCUAUUUUAGUGGCUUGGUGUGACCUUAGAUCCUCACAGGGAGGGGGACGGAGGUGGAGAUACUAGCAUUUUGGUGACAGCUCGGCUUUCGUUUUCACACCACCCUCAGCUCCCCAUGCCCGCCCCUCCCCCAGACACCGUGUGUUCAGUUGCCUUCUUUCUACCUCAGCCAGUGUGGUAGUGGUGUCAUGCGUAGACUAGUGCCACCCCCAGUGCUUGUUUCUCGAUUUAGGUGUUUCUGGUGGUUGUAGGUUUGCUGCGGAGUUGGGGGCGGAUGCUGUGUGUCGAUGCUCGAGGCUGGUGCCCUCCCAAGCCUGCAGGUGGUUCAGUGGCCAGCUGGGGAUCCAGAGCAGGGAGUGCACACUCCCAUCCCCCGCAGGCCAUCCUGGUUUUGCAAGCCUCUGACAGGCAUGCUCAGGUGCCGUGUGCAGGCCCCAAGGAAUGUUGGUCACAGGCUGUUGGCCUUGAGAGACAGGUUUCCUGAUCCUGGGGUAGAGAGAAGCUGUCAAUUGGCCUGGACCAAGAAGUGAAGCAGAAUGAGGACAGAACCAAACAGCUGGGAGCUGAGAGCCUCUGCAGGCUCAGGGAGGGUCUGUCCUUCCUCAGGUGUGCAGCAGGUGAUCCUGAGUGUAGGACCAGACAGCUGGGAGCUGAGAGCCUCUGCAGGCUCAGGGAGGGUCUGUCUUUCCUCAGGUGUGCGGCAGGUGAUCCUGAGUGUAGGACUAGACAGCUGGGAGCUGAGAGCCUCUGCAGGCUCAGGCAGGGUCUGUCCUUCCUCAGGUGUGCGGCAGGUGAUCCUGAGUGCAGGACCAAAUAGCUGGGUGCUGAGAGCCUCUGCAGGCUCAGGCAGGGUCUUUCCUUCCUCAGGUGUGCGGCAGGUGAUUCUAAGCGUAGGACCACUGGCCUUGGCACAAUCCGGUGCCCUCCAGCCAUCUGGGUUGAAGGUCCACCCUCAGGAGGAAAGAUGGUCUCACACAGAGGCACCUCUGUUGUGUUGUGAGGACCAAGGACAGGGUCUUUUAUCUCUGGGUCAUCUGGUCUUCCCAUCCCUGCCUGUGUCCACUGUGCAAGUGACUAAGACACUAGCGAGUUGUCCUGUCCCAGAUACUGGAGUUCCUAGAAAAGCCAACUUGUGCCCAUCUCACAGCCCUUUCCUGGAGACAGUCAAUUCUGGUUUGACACCCCACCCCAAGUUUUUCACUAAGUUUAAUAACUCAAACUUAGUCAUCUUUAGGCUGAAAUUCCUGAUUAGAUCAAGAAUUGCUUAACCCAAGUCUAACUUCAGUUGCCUUGGCAAGUUCUCAUUAGCUCAAGCAUCCCUAAAUGUGCCCAUUUAUGGGAGUGAUAAAUUGGGAUAGGAAAGAACACUCUGCUUAACAGGCUAAGUGACCCUGAAUUCGGUGGAAUUAAUGGAAACAGAGCAAGAAGGCAAGGUGCUUUCUUGCCUUUCCCCGGGAGCUGUCUCCUCUGUCUCCGGGGCCUUAGCCAGGGAAGGCCUGUCACCUCUCUUCCAUGUGAGUGAGUUCUGGAACUUCUUCCUGUGGCUGACUUGCUUCACUUCCCGUUUUUCAAGCUCCCUCUACUACCUAUCCCAACCUAUUCCUCUUCCCUUUGUCUUUUUUACAACGUUCUUCUACAACAUCUGGCCUCUACCCUUCCCCAAAGGCAAAUUUUAAAUUCUCACAACGGAUUUUUGCACAUCUUCAGUUACUGCUAAAUGUCUGGAUUCAAGCCCUUUCCUGAACUGUUCAGGGGUCUCACUUGCUCCGCCUUUUUUUCGUUAUUAUGAAGUGACUGUGCCCAGGCCCACCUCCCUGCAGCCUCAGGUGCUCGGGAGAGCCCUGGGCAGAGAUGGGGUGCCUAUCCUUUUCCUCCUUGUUAAAUGUCUUCCAUUUCAUAUUUCCAUAGCUGUGAUCCAUCCCUUGGCCUUAACUUUGGAAUUUGGAGAUUAUAUGCAAACAUGUGUAAAGGCUCAUGAAUAUGGAUUACACUGGAAUUUUAUAAAUUCUAAAAUAAAGCCCGGAACCAGAUGUAGCAUUUGGGCCUUUUUAUCACUCCA